AUGACUGGCAAAGACAUGGUUGGCGACAGUAACGACGGUGACCGUAAGCUUCCAGAAGAGCCGUGGAGUCAGAGGGAUGAUGGUAAAGACGUUGGUCCUAACCUUCGGAGGCUGUGGACCGAGAGCGAGGAUGAGGUUCUUGAAGAUUAUGUCAGAAAGAAUGGAGAGGGAAGCUGGAAUAUGGUGCAGAACAACACGGAAUUACAGCAUGAAGGCAAGAGCUGUAGAGAUCGGUGGACAAACCAUGUUCGCCAUAAUCUUAAGAAGGGACCAAUAAUCACUGACGAUAGUAACGACAACUAUAAACGCCAUUGGCCGUGGACUCCGAGUGAGGACAAGAUUCUUGAAGAUUAUGUCAAAAAGUAUGGAGAGGGAAAGUGGAAUGCCGUGAGGAAGAACACUGGAUUGCGACGUUUUGGCGGGAGCUGUCAAAAUCGGUGGAUGGUUCAUCUUCACCCCAAUCGUAAGAAGGGACCGUUCACUGACGAGGAGCUCAAAACCAUCAGGUGCUUGCAUGAUACAUUGGGAAACAAGUGGUCUGCCAUCACCGAACAACUACCUGGUCGGAGCGCUAUAGAAAUAAGGAGCUACUGGAACUCGAUAAAAGGAGUAUAUCGAAUCACAUAUAUCGAGAGAGAAUGUUCUACCUCCAAUGUUGACUACAAUAUCAACUACAAUGCUCUUCGUGGAGAAUUCAUCAACCUUAACCGACAAUUACAACAUCUGAAGAAUCUAAAUCCAAAUCCAACACAGUCGAUAAACUCUAACAACUUCAGUUAUCUUGCGCUACAGGAACGACAUCAAUAUGGCAUCUACAACAGCAAUGCAGUGAUUCCCAUACAAGAAAAUACAAGUCCUUUGCUUGCUGGGGGGUCUGAUGAUUUAGAUCAUGCACCUAUACCUGCACAUGCUUAUUCUUCAUGCCAGCCUGAAUUCCUGGAGCAAAGAAAUAGGACGCUGAAUGAUUACGUUAAUAGGACUGGGAUUCAGAGUUAUGAUGACCGACUUGUUCAUAAAAAUGCACAGGAUGUGUAUUUCACAGGUUCAUCAGAUUUUCCAUACAUUAAUCCUGUGACACAAGCACAACCGUAG